AUGGAAGAAAAACACACCUUUGCCAGCACGAUCCACCAGGACAAUGUUGACGAGGAGACUUCAGUUAACCAAGGACUCGCCGCGAGCGCACAGCGCAAGUUGGACUUGCGGCUGAUGCCGAUUCUGACCCUGGUGUAUCUGUUCGCCUUCAUUGAUAGAUCCAAUGCCGGGAAUGCAAGGGUCCUUGGAAUGAGCGAGGAUCUGCAUCUUGAUGCGUAUCGGUUCAACAUUGCCCUCAGCUGUUUCUAUGUUCCAUACAUCCUGUUUGAAAUACCCGCAAACAUCGUCUGCAAGAUUGUUGGGCCUAAAAUAUGGAUUCCAUUCCUGACAUUUAGCUUUGGGGUCAUUGUCAUGGGCAUGGCAUCCGUGCAGUCAUACCAUGGUUUUCUAGCCGCUAGAACCUGUCUAGGUCUUGCUGAAGCAGCCAGUGGAGCAUUUGGAGGCUUGCUCGCGACAGCAUUUGCAAAGGUUCCCGCAUGGGGUAUCAUACACACUUGGCGCAACAUAUUCUUCUUCGAGGGGAUCAUCUCCAUGCUAAUCGCAGUGUUGGCCUACUUCCUUAUCCCCGCGUCCGUCGAGAAAGCGCCCUUCCUAACCCCCGCCGAAAAAGAGGUGACGACACGGCGGCUUGUGCAAGACCUAGGCGCUGGCCACGUUGAGGACUCGGUUCUCCGAUACCUCCGUCGUGCCGUCCUCAACCUCAACACGAUCCUCCUCGCCCUCGCCUCACUCUGCAGUCUGCUAACCAUGAACUCGAUGGCGCUAUUCAUGCCCUCAAUCCUCAACGCCAUGGGUUACAGCGGCAUCCAUAGCCAACUCCUUUCUGUGCCGCCCUACUUCUGGGCCGCGGUCGUCUGCGUCACCGUAACGACCCUUUCUGGACGCACACACAAACGCGGGGUGUGGAUCGCCGGCCUGAUGCCCAUUACGGCAACGGGCUUCAUCUUCCUACUGGCCUCAACCCGCACCGCAGUCCGGUACUUUGCAAUCUUCCUCUGCCUCACUGGCGCAUUCACCGUCUCACCCAUGUUCGUCGCCUGGUGCAUGGACAACACCGCGGGCCACAUGACGCGGGCGAUUGCUGCCGGGGCCGUCGUCGGAUUCGGGAAUAUCGGCGGGCUGCUUGCCGCGUGGGCGUAUGUGCUGCCCGAUGCGCCCCGGUAUGUCAAGGGCCAUGCGCUCAAUCUGGGGUUCUCUGCGUUCUGUGUCGUGGUUGUUUGCGGCGCCAUGUGGAACCUGCAUCGCGAGAAUAGGCUCAAGGCUGCCGGGAGGCGGGACGCUAGAGUCGCUGGGAAGUCGCCGGAAGCGAUUCUCGAUCUGGGGCAUACCCAUCCCGAGUUUUACUUUACCCUGUAG